AUGAGGGGUGGCGGCGCGCUGCUCAAGAGUGUCUCGCUGUUCCUGUCCAGUGGGCGCCGAGCCUCCCGCAGCGCCGCCCCACAGCCGCCGCCGCCCUCACCGCCUCGCAAGCAGCAGUCGCCGUCCAAGCGUGCCAGCGCCGCACACGCGCCCGCCCCCGCGCCCGCCGCCAACAAGAAAAUGGGCGAUGAGAAGUCGCCGGCACAACAAGCCAUCCUCAACAAUACCAAGUCUAGCGCUAAAAUUAUCGACUCUCUGAAGAAACAGACUCACUUCUCCAGACAAGAAAUAGAAGCUUUAAGUAAGGUUUACAAGAAGCUUGUGGAAUCACACAGUCUGAACGGCCCAGUUCCUGCUACUCCUGCAGUGCAUAUCUCAAGUAUACAGGCCAACAUCGUCAAGGGUGAGGGUCUAGAUCGCAUGGUGUUCAGGGAGCUUUUACACAACACGUUCGACGUGGUCACCGAAGAGGUGCUGAUGGACCGCAUCUUCUGCGCCUUCGACCGCUGCAAUGUGGGCCUCAUCCGCCUGGAAGAGUGGGUCUGCGGGCUAUCGGGCUUCCUGCGCGGCUCCCAUGAGGAGCGAACUGCCUUCGCCUUCUUCGUGUACGACCUCAACAGUGACGGGUUCAUCAGUCGCGAGGAGAUGUUCCACCUGCUCAGGAACAGCCUGGUUAAGAGCCCACAAGACGAGGACCCUGAUGAAGGAGUGCGGGACUUGGUGGAACUGGCUCUCCGCAAGAUGGAUUAUGACCGCGAUGGCAAAAUCUCUUUCCAGGACUUCAAAAACUCUGUGACAGAUGAGCCUCUACUACUAGAGGCCUUCGGCCAGUGUCUACCAGCAGACACCGCCUGUCAGACCUUCCUCUCCACACUACAGUGCUGAGUCGAUAGACCGUUACACUAAGUUAGGUUAGGUUAAAUACUAGAAUAUAUUCAAAUCAAAUUAUUUUAGAGAAAUAAUUGUUGGAUUAGUGGUAAGAGAUUUAUUUUAUAGUACUGCAAACAAAAAUACAAUUAUUGUGGAAGG